CCGGCGGAGAGUCUGUGUCAGGACUUCGCAAUCCCCAGUCACACACGGAGAGGUGCAUGAGCAAAACGGAGGCUGCGAUACAAUUCAUUGGGAUUUUUUUUUUUUUGGAGUGUAUGUAUUGCGUUUUUCCCAUUGCCGCGCGCGUUAUUAGCUCGGCGCCCGGUCUCCAGUCGCUGGCGGGGCAGCAGCACUGGGAGGAAAAGGAGAAAAUUCGACGAGGGGCUGGACCCGCAACCCGCCAGAGGCCAGAAUGUCAUCCCGGGAUAUGUAAAUCCAGUCGGUGCGAGCGACAGAGAGACAGAAGGGAGGGGGGGGUCCAUUGUAACAUUUUCGAGUUGUUCCCCGCUACUCCUGCUGCUGGCAUCGCCGCCUGAUCGUUGCACAGAAAGGACUCCAAAGGCUGGGCACGCACACCGAGGUGCGCCCGUCGUCCCCUCCGCUCCUUUUCAAAAGAUUGAAUUUUUUUUUCUCCUGUGCGUACGUGCGGGAGUGUGGCUGCAUCGUACGUUUGGUGUGGAGCGGUGUGUCGGAAACUGCAGGAAAAUGUUGACUUAGCCCCAGAAAAGCCUCCCGGCUGGCUGCGUGGAGGAGAAGCCGCCUUCUGCUCUGCGCUGCCCCAGCCCGCCGAGCCGCAGAACCAGCUGCCUCCAGCUGCCAGAGCCCGGCGCCCGCCCGCCCGCCUGCUCCCCACUCCGGAGCCCCGGGACUAACUCCGCCGCGUUCUCCCGCAGCCCUGCUGUGCUCGGCGGGGUGACCCGGCUUGGGGCGAUAGAUCCAGGCCCGCCUUCGGCUCCCAGACACAGAGGUAUGAAGAUGAAUAAUGCAGACCACUGGUUUCGAUGAUGCUGGGCUUUUAUAACUGGAUUCAUUAAGGAAUACAAGGAAAUUCUUACAGGGAUCAAUAAUGGUGUCUUCUGACUGCAGAAUGCAAAGUUUUUGGUUUCUACUCAUUAUCAGCUUCCUGCAGUGUACUGAAGGUUUCAGCCGAGCAGCACUACCAUUUGGUUUGGUUAGGAGGGAACUCUCCUGCGAAGGCUACUCCAUCGACCUCCGGUGUCCAGGAAGCGAUGUUAUUAUGAUAGAAAGUGCUAACUAUGGACGGACAGAUGACAAGAUUUGUGAUGCCGACCCUUUCCAAAUGGAAAACACAGAAUGCUUCCUUCCAGAUGCCUACAAAAUUAUGACACAAAGGUGCAACAACCGAACACAGUGUAUAGUAGUUACUGGGUCAGAUGUGUUUCCUGAUCCUUGUCCUGGAACAUACAAAUAUCUAGAAGUUCAGUAUGAAUGUGUUCCUUACAUUUUUGUUUGCCCGGGGACGUUGAAAGCAAUUGUGGACUCACCGUAUUUAUAUGAAGCCGAACAAAAAGCAGGUGCUUGGUGCAAAGAUCCUCUCCAGGCCGCAGAUAAAAUAUACUUCAUGCCAUGGACUCCGUAUCGCACCGAUACUUUGAUAGAAUACGCUUCUUUAGAGGACUUCCAAAACGGACGGCAGCAGACAACGUAUAAACUCCCAAACCGAGUGGAUGGUACUGGAUUUGUAGUGUAUGAUGGCGCUGUUUUUUUUAACAAGGAAAGAACUAGGAACAUAGUAAAAUUUGACUUGAGGACUAGAAUUAAGAGUGGAGAGGCCAUAAUCAAUUAUGCGAAUUACCAUGAUACCUCUCCGUACCGAUGGGGAGGAAAGACUGAUAUUGACUUGGCAGUUGAUGAAAAUGGCUUAUGGGUAAUUUAUGCUACUGAGCAAAACAACGGGAUGAUAGUAAUUAGCCAACUGAACCCCUACACCCUGCGUUUCGAAGCCACCUGGGAAACGACAUACGACAAACGGGCAGCAUCCAAUGCUUUCAUGAUAUGUGGUGUCCUGUACGUAGUGCGGUCAGUGUAUCAGGACAAUGAGAGCGAGACCGGCAGGAACGCCAUUGAUUACAUCUACAACACCAGGUUAAGCAGAGGCGAGCACGUGGACAUUCCUUUCCCCAACCAGUACCAGUACAUUGCCGCAGUGGAUUACAACCCCAGAGACAACCAACUGUAUGUGUGGAAUAACAACUUCAUUCUGCGAUACUCUUUGGAGUUUGGUCCACCUGAUCCUGCCCAAGUGCCUACCACAGCAGUGACAAUAACUUCUUCAGCAGAGCUGUAUAAAACCACAGUGUCAACCACUAGUACUACGUCACAGAAAGGUCCCAUAAGCACAACAUUAGCUGGAGGAACAAAGGAAGGAAGCAGAGGACCCAAGCCACCGCCACCAGUUUCCACAACCAAAAUUCCUCCUGUGACAAGCUUUUUCCCUUUGCCAGAGAGAUUCUGUGAACCGACUGAGGCCAGGGGGAUUAGCUGGCCUCAGACACAAAGAGGAAUGAUGGUUGAACGCCCUUGCCCCAAAGGAACACGAGGAACUGCCUCAUAUCUCUGCAUGGUCUUAACGGGAACAUGGAACCCCAAAGGCCCUGAUCUUAGCAACUGCACCUCACACUGGGUAAAUCAGCUGGCUCAGAAGAUCAGAAGUGGAGAAAAUGCUGCUAGUCUGGCCAAUGAACUGGCUAAACACACCAAAGGACCAGUCUUCGCUGGCGAUGUUAGUUCAUCAGUGAGACUGAUGGAGCAACUCGUGGACAUUUUGGAUGCUCAGCUGCAGGAACUGCGACCCAGUGAAAAAGACUCUGCUGGAAGGAGUUAUAACAAGCUCCAAAAACGAGAGAAGACAUGCAGGGCUUACCUUAAGGCAAUUGUGGAUACAGUGGACAACCUGCUCAGGCCUGAAGCUCUGGAGUCCUGGAAGGACAUGAAUUCUUCAGAACAAGCCCAUGCAGCCACAAUGCUACUUGAUACAUUAGAAGAAGGGGCUUUCGUCUUGGCUGAUAAUCUUUUAGAACCAACUAGAGUGUCAAUGCCCACGGAAAAUAUUGUUUUGGAUGUUGCAGUGCUCAUUACUGAGGGCCAGGUGCAGGACUUGAAAUUUCCUCAGGGCAGUAAAGGAGGCAACUCGAUUCAGCUCUCUGCAAGCACCGUGAAACAGAACAGCAGGAACGGAUUAGCAAAGCUGGUUUUCAUCAUCUACAAAAGUCUGGGGCGUUUUCUCAGUACUGAAAAUGCAACCAUAAAGCUAGGCAAUGACUUUGCUGGGCGGAACAGCACGAUUGCAGUCAACUCCCACGUCAUCGCAGCCUCUAUCAACAAGGAGUCCAGCCGGGUGUACCUGACCGAUCCUGUGCAUUUUACGCUGGAGCACAUUGAUCCUGACAAUUAUUUCAAUGCAAAUUGUUCCUUCUGGAACUACUCAGAGAGGACUAUGAUGGGAUACUGGUCAACUCAAGGCUGCAAACUGGUUGACACAAAUAAAACUCAUACAACAUGUGCUUGCAGUCACCUAACCAACUUUGCAAUUCUUAUGGCUCAUCGGGAAAUUGUGUACAAAGAUGGAGUGCACGAAUUGCUCCUCACUGUCAUCACCUGGGUGGGAAUUGUCAUCUCUCUUGUUUGCCUGGCCAUCUGCAUCUUCACAUUCUGUUUUUUCCGUGGCCUGCAAAGUGAUCGUAACACUAUUCACAAGAACCUUUGUAUCAACCUAUUCAUUGCUGAGUUCAUUUUCCUAAUAGGCAUCGAUAAGACAGAGUACAAGAUUGCAUGUCCAAUAUUUGCAGGUCUCUUACACUUUUUCUUCCUGGCAGCCUUUGCCUGGAUGUGUCUAGAAGGAGUGCAACUUUAUCUAAUGUUAGUAGAAGUAUUUGAAAGUGAAUAUUCUAGGAAGAAGUACUAUUAUGUUGCUGGCUACCUCUUCCCUGCUACAGUAGUUGGUGUCUCAGCAGCUAUUGACUACAAGAGCUAUGGAACAGAGAAAGCUUGCUGGCUCCAUGUAGAUAACUAUUUUAUCUGGAGUUUCAUCGGACCUGUUACCUUUAUUAUUCUGCUGAAUCUUAUCUUCCUGGUGAUCACAUUGUGCAAAAUGGUGAAGCACUCAAACACUUUGAAACCAGACUCUAGCAGGUUGGAAAACAUUAAAUCCUGGGUCCUGGGUGCAUUUGCUCUCCUGUGUCUCCUUGGCCUAACAUGGUCAUUUGGCCUGCUGUUUAUCAAUGAGGGGACUGUUGUGAUGACGUAUCUCUUCACAGUAUUUAAUGCUUUCCAAGGAAUGUUUAUUUUCAUCUUUCAUUGCGCCCUUCAAAAGAAAGUACGUAAGGAAUAUGGCAAAUGCUUCCGACAUUCCUACUGCUGUGGUGGACUACCGACAGAGAGUCCCCACAGUUCAGUGAAGGCAUCAACAACAAGAACUAGUGCUCGCUAUUCCUCUGGCACUCAGAGUCGCAUAAGGAGGAUGUGGAAUGACACUGUGAGAAAACAAUCUGAAUCGUCUUUUAUCUCAGGUGACAUCAACAGCACUUCAACACUUAAUCAAGGAAUGACUGGCAAUUACCUACUAACAAACCCUCUUCUUCGACCACACGGCACUAACAACCCCUAUAACACAUUGCUCGCUGAAACAGUUGUAUGUAAUGCCCCUUCAGCUCCUGUGUUUAACUCACCAGGACAUUCACUGAACAAUGCCAGGGAUACAAGUGCCAUGGAUACUCUACCGCUAAAUGGUAAUUUCAACAACAGCUACUCAUUGCGCAACGGAGACUAUAACGACAGUGUGCAAGUUGUAGACUGUGGACUAAGCCUGAAUGAUACUGCUUUUGAGAAAAUGAUCAUUUCAGAAUUAGUGCACAACAACCUGCGGGGCAGCAGCAAGAACCACAACUUGGAGCGCACGCUACCAGCCAAAGCUGUGAUCGGUGGGAGCAGUAGCGAAGAUGACGCCAUCGUGGCAGACGCCUCAUCUUUGAUGCACAGUGACACCCCUGGGCUGGAGCUCCACCACAAAGAGCUUGAGGCCCCACUCAUUCCUCAGCGGACUCACUCCCUUCUGUAUCAGCCCCAGAAGAAAGUGAAGACCGAGGGAACCGACAGCUAUGUCUCGCAGCUGACAGCCGAGGCUGAUGACCAGCUCCGGUCCCCCAACAGAGACUCCCUUUACACGAGUAUGCCUAAUCUCAGAGACUCUCCGUAUCCAGAGAGCAGCCCCGACGUUGAAGAAGAUCUCUCCCCCUCCAGGAGGAGCGAAAAUGAGGACAUUUACUACAAGAGCAUGCCAAACCUAGGAGCUGGCCAUCAGCUUCAGAUGUACUAUCAAAUCAGCAGGGGUAAUAGCGACGGCUAUAUAAUUCCCAUUAACAAGGAAGGAUGUAUUCCAGAAGGAGAUGUUAGAGAAGGACAAAUGCAACUAGUGACAAGCCUUUAAUAGUGUAGCAAAGAAAUAUUAAAGGCCACGUACAAGUAUUAAAAAGACUUAAUUGGCCCCAUGCAGGCUCCCUCAUAUCUGCUUGAAGAGACAAUUCUGUUGACCCUGUGGUUCUCCGGUAACAGGGAUGACUGGACCUCGCAGUUCUGUGAAUUUUUAUAAAACAAAAACUUUGUAUAUACACAGAGUAUACUAAAAUGAAUUAUUUGUUACAAAGAAAAAAAUACCAACAAGGUAUUUUAAGAUAUCUUCUGCUGCUGAAUUUAACAAAAUUGUGAAAAAAAAAAAGAAAUAAACACUUUCCAGCCAUUUUACUGCAGCAGUUUGUGAACUAAAUUUGUAAAUAUGGCUGCACCAUUUUUUUUUCUAGGCCUACAUUGUAUUAUAUACAAGGCGUAGGCUCUAAAAUCCUGUGGGACAAAUUUACUGUACCUUACUAUUCCUGACAAGACUUGCAAAAGCAGGAGAGAUAUUCUGCAUCAGUUUGCAGUUCACUGCAAAUCUUUUCCAUUAGGGCAAAGAUUGAAUACAUGUCUAACCACUAGCAAUCAAGCCACAGGCCUUAUUUCAUAUAUUUCCUCAACUGUACAAUGAACCGUUCUCAUGAAAAAAAAAAUGGCUAAAGAAAUUAUAUUUUGUUCUAUUGCUAGGGUAAAAUAAAUACAUUUGUGUCCAACUGAGAUAUAAUUGUCAUUAAAAAAAUAAUUUUAAAGAGUUUGAAGAAAAUAUUGUGAAAAGCUCUUGGUUGCACAUAUAAGCUGUUUUUCUUACACUCUGUUCAUAGUACGGUAGUAUGUUUAAAAAUGCAAGUUCUACCCAUUUUCACUUAUUUUUCACUGUAAACAGUGUUCUGCUUUGACAAGUUAGUUUUUAUUCUUAUGUUCUGAAUUUUUAUUGCCAAAAAACAUAAUUUGGGGGAGAAGAUUGUUUCAGAAGCCAAUUAUGCCAAGCCUUGCACAAAUUUGGUAUAGCUAACAAAGAUUGUAACUCAAUUCCCUGUUCAUUCUUUAAUCAGGGUUGGGUGGUAAGGGGUAACGGGGACACUGGACACUUCUCACAAGCUUUCUCGUGAAUAAAAGGUGCCUGUCCUUUAAAAAAAAAUAAAUAAAACAUAACUAUUACUCUUCCAUA